AGAGGAAAUCCUCUGAUUUGAUCAAUUUUGGAAAAAUUGAAACACCUUGGAUUUGAUUUGAAAUGGCAGAAAAUGAUAUUUUUCCAGGUAGGGUGAGAUGUUUUCCUCCCUUUUUGACCAGUUUUCCUCUGAUUUCUGAGGAAUUCAGUCACAUCCCUGAUACACAUGUACACAUGGCAUAUACACAUAACAAAUACACACGUGACAUAUACACAUGAAAUAUACAUGUAUACAUGACAUAUACAUAUGUGCAAUGUACACAUGGUAUUGUAAAGGGAAGUCAGAAAACACUGUACUCAGGAUCGUAAUAAUCCUGUUCUGAACUUGACACGGAGAUGUUAAUUAUUUCACAUGAUAUUUGGUGGACAAUGAUUGAUAUGCCACGUGUCAUCUAUAUUGUAGACGUGCGUGUGUGUGUGUGUGUGUGUGUUUUAUAUAAAUGAACAUAAAUCAUGAUUUUCGCAUAUAAACAUCAAGAUUAUCGAAUGUAAAUCAAGAUUUGUAUAAUAUUGCAACGUUUGACAUGCCAUAAAGGAGCCAUGAUUCACUACCUAUAUUUACGUCUUAAGUUUGACGAAGCCGCUCGAACUCACGACCUCUCGGUUACAUUGCACGAAGCGAAUGCUCUACCACUAAGGGAGUGGCCAUGUGUUACAGCCACAUAUACGAUAGACAGUACUGGCAUGUCACGUGUCACUCAUAUUAUAGACUGUGUCUGGCAUGAUUUUUUGUUAUGUUGUUUUAUGUUUUAUUUACGAAUAUUUCACUCGUAUAGAGACGUCACCAACUGUAGGUAAAAGUGCACCGUGACACCGAACCUCAAUUUUUUAGAUUAUAUCCGAAAGACUCGUGAGUUUCACUCCUAAUACCGAUACGUCACGUCUAUCUAUGUCAUGUGAUCUAUCGACAUUGCCUGACAAGUCACGUGUCACCUGUGCAGUGUCUGACGUACUACGUCCUUCGAGAAUUUUCACUCAUAUUGAGACGUCACCAGCUAUAGGAGAAGUGCACAGAUUUUGAUCCUUGGAUGGCGCUCAGGGCCGUAGCAGUGAGGAUUCUUAAAUACCGUGUCAACGCCCGCCACGACACUGGACCUCCGUUUUAAGGUCAUAUCCGAAGAAGAGGUGGUUCCCUUCAAAAGUAAGAGCACACAAGACCUCCCCAUCACGAAGGGAACACUAUUACCAAUGAGACAUCUCAUAUGAGUGAAAAAUUCUCGGGAUGGAUUAGUUAGAAUAAUCUAACUAUGUCACGGGAAACCCAGGCCUUUAUCACUUUAACGAUAGAACAUUCUACCUAGGGAGGGACGUUAAACAAUAUACAAUCAAUCUAGCCAAUGAGCCCCUGCGACCGGUGUGCCUGACAUGUCACGCGCCACAUACAAAUAGUGCUUGAUAGCGGAAUGUCAUUGGACAUCUAUGUGAUAUACAGCAUGCUAAUGUACCACUUAUAUAAUACUACACAUGUAGUACAGCAUGGCAGAUGACGUUUCACCUACAUAUUAAUCAGUGCCUGAUAUCCUAUGAACAGCCUCAGCAGUACAGUCUAGUCGUUAAUCAGUUGGAAAACUCUGGUCCUACACACUAUACUAUAGUUGUACUCAAUAGCAAAAUUUACUUCAUUUAUCCCACAACUGUAUAAAUUUAUAUUAGUGUGAUGUCUUACAGUUAUACCAGUACAUCGUGAAAAGCAAAACAUUUUCCUUACUAUUCUGAGAAAAUUAUUAACAAGUUCGUGAAAGAGCAGGUUUUGCCUUUCGUUAAAACUCGAAGCUCUAUUACAUUGUAAUAAGCUUUCUGUAUCAUAGUGACGCCUCAGGUUUGAAGCAACAGGUAGCUUUGCUUCGUGUAGGAGAACUUCACCACACACCUCUAUUUCCGAAGAUGUGACGUCACAAUACCAACACUUGUAAACAACCGUCAACUUUCAUGCGACAAUUAUUUUGGUGAAAGGAAAUGGAACGAUUUAAUUUAUGUAAAAUUCUCUGUAUUUUCUGGGUGAAAUAUUUCCUAGGGAUACACAGGAUAACAUUCGCAACGCCGGAACAUAAUUUGAGAAUAGACUACAUCAAAGUACACAGUGAAAUAAAACUGCGCUUUGCAAAAUCCCGGAUAUCUGGUCUGGUUACCAACCCAACAAACCGAAGCGAGGCUGUGAUGAUCAAACUCAUCAUACCAGAACGGACAUUUUUGUCAGAUUUUAAGUUGGAAAUCGACGGGAGUCUUUACAUCGGACAAAUUAAACAGAAAGAUUACGCAUCAUAUCAGGGAGUGGAUCAAGGUCAAAGAUCCUCUCACAGAGCAUAUGACGAUUCUGAUGCGUUUGACUUUAUGGUGAAUGUACCCGAGCAGACGGAGAUGAAGUUUUCUUUGAAUUGCCAAAAACUCCUUCAUCGUGUACAGGGACGAUACUCCUUCUCUUUUUCUUUUAUGACGUCACACAAGAUUAAUGAGUACGAAAUACAGGUGGAAAUUGAAGAGACUAGAAAUAUAAGUUACCUGGCGGUAAAUAAUAGAACAGAGUUUGAAGACGGAAUAUCCAUGAUGUUUUCGAAACCAUCCCAAGCCCUGAUUCGUCAUCAAGAAAAGCCGAUGACGACCAAUCUGAGGACAUUUACAGUUGAAUAUGACCUUGAACGAUCAUUUGACCUUGGAGAUAUUGUGAUCUCUGGGGAGUAUUUCGUACAUUAUUUUGCUCCUAUCCUAGAGAGCGAAAUCCCAAAAGUCCUUCUUUUUAUUCUUGACAAGAGUGGAUCCAUGGGAGGAAAACGUCUACAGAGUUUGAAAUUCGCCAUGCACAGAAUUCUCGGUGAUCUCGGACAAGCGGAUGAAUUCGGCAUCAUUGCGUUCGAAUCUGGGGUGGACUACAUGAGUCAGGAAUUAUUAGAUGCUUCCUUUGGUAACGUUAACCAGGCCCGGGGGUUCAUCGACGACAUCACUGCUGGCGGUGGUACAGAUAUUAAAUCAGCUCUACUAAAUGGUUUGUCUUUUCUAAAUGCUGGUAUGAACAGAGAUCGAGGAACCAAAAUGAUAUUCUUCCUAACGGAUGGGGCGCUCUUUGGAGUAAAAAAGACAGCUCUCAUGGAGAUAAAAUAUGCUAAUAUUUAUGACAUACCGAUUUACAGUAUUGCAUUCGGAGAGGAUGCAGAUAGCGAGUUUCUACAACACUUAUCUCGACAAAACCACGGGGAAUCCAGGCGGGUAAAUGACAGCAACGAGGCCGUAAACGACAUCACAGAUCUCUUCCAAGACAUUCCGGAGACAAUGUUGAGGAAUCUGACAUUUUGGUAUCCGUUUUAUAAACAGGCUGUUACAUCACAGACAUCGUUUAAAACAUAUUUGAACGGUACCGAGAUAUCCGUGGCUGGAUACAUCGAGAAGCACUCUAAAAACAACAGUGUCGAUGUGGACGUGGAUUUUGAGGCAGACCAGAACGAGAAUAUUACUAAUAUCAAAAAGUAUAUGGUUUUGAAGCCCGAUGAUAAGUUUUGUCCAGAUGAUUAUAUUUGUUUACCUGCGUAUAUGCAGGAAUUUGUGGAGAAUACCAUGGUACACAAGAAAAUUCUUGAAAUGAUUGCCGAAAUCAACAAUAAAAAACAAAAUAGUCAUGCGGCCAAGCUCCUGAUGAAGAAGAUCAUUUUCAUGUCCAUGAAGUAUGGACUGGUCACUCCCUACACAGAUCUCCACCUUCCUGACUCAGGACUCAAAGACAAAACGCUUCAGUUCAACCAUGAGACUUCAGAAGAGAUGGACGCAUUCGAAAUGCUCUCACCUGAAGAAACUAAUGGAACGAAACGCAUAACAAAGGUGCAAGCCGGAGGAGACCCUCACUUCAUGAUUAGUGUUCCAGGCACACCGUCCCCGUUCUGUUUUGAUUUAGAUAACGUGGGAGGAAAAGUCGUUCAAUUGCUUACCAGUACAGAUUUCACAAUCAAUAUUGCCAUUAUUUCAACUUCUCAACUCAACAGACACCGCCAAAACAAAACGUAUAUUGGAGAAAUAUUCAUAUCUUCCAUCAAAUUCAAUCUGCUUGUUACGCCGCUACAGCUUUUUGUUAACGGGAGACAACUGCAGUGGAGCAACGUCCGAGAAAGGUUUCCAUUGUAUGGAAAUUCCUAUCUUCCAGGCUGCAUUGAAUACCACGGACCGCGGAGUGUGAAGUUGACAAUUUGUAGGAGGCUUCGGAAAGAUGGACAUUUGAUAGAUUACCUGAACAUUGCAAUAUCAAAUUUGCGAAGGCGUGAGGAGACAAUGGGUGGUUUUCUUGGUCAAGCAUAUAAAUGGCCAAUCAAAUUGAUAAGGACCACUGAAACAGAACGCGGCGUAGUUGGAAAGUUUGUGAUCAUAAAACCAGACCAUCGAAUGCAUUUCCGUGCGAAACUUAAGCACCGUAAAAUUCCUACAGAAUUUGCAUUUGCAGAGUGCUGGGAAAUGCACAGAUCUAUUGAAACAUUAUUUACAGAACCGAUCAAACUUUUUAUCAAGUCCACUUUACUUGUUGUAUAAGUCUAUAAGUAUGUGUGUGGGAAAAAAAGGGGGGGGGGUGUUGGAGACUAUCAGGUUAGCAGCUGAACACCAUUUUAUCAGAAUUUUAUACACGCCUUUACAAUUUGUUUAAUCGCAUAUUCUCGGGCCUUUCUAACAAGCAGAAAAACAUUCUCAAUGUCACCGUAUCUUCCAUUUUUAUAUCAAAAACAAAUACGACUAUAAAAAUUAUUCAUUGCCUUUUUCACAAUAAAUAUUUGCUACAAACGAUGAUGGGAUCCAGGUUAGAAUAGGUCUUCAAUACCCCCUUACUUGUUGUAAGAGGCGAGUAAACGGGGCGGUCCCUCGGAUGAAACCGCAAAAACUGAGGCCCGUGUCACAGCAGGUAUGGUACGAUAAAGAUUCUUCCCUGCUCAAAGGCCGUAAGCGCCAAGCAUAGGCCUAAAUUUUGCAGCCUUUCACCAGUAAUGGUGACAUCUCCAUAUGCGUGAAAAAUUCUCGAGCGGGACGUUAAACAACAUACAAUCAAUCAAUCCCAUAGAAAGUUUAAAAAUAUGUGGUUAGAAGCGUCCAUUUUGUACAAGUUUCGCACUUCCGGUGAAUGUAAUACAUUCGUAAUACAUCCCAAUCUUGCCAGUAAGACCCGAGAAAUUGCGAUUGCAAAGGGAAAAAAACAAAAAAACACGAACCUAUCUGUUAAUUCUUUUUAUGCACUCAAAACUGUAUUGUUGGAACAUGACUAUAUGUUUGCAGCGCCAGUAUGACAUGUUCAAUACAUGUAGAAGUAUUGAACUGGGGAUGAUAUUAACGAUACAAUUGCAUCAUUUGUUUGUCGACUGCCAUGCAGCCAGGCUGCCUUGUAUCCCUAUAUCAUUGUUUACAUGUAUGUAUGUUGAUACAGACACACACAUAUAUACAUACGUAAGAUAUAGAGUUCGUUUUUUUCUAAAAUAUCCAAGAGUAUGAAUCUUCGACGCUUUACACUAGCAAACUGCUUCAUGGGGGGCUGUUCAUACCCUCAUGUAUUUUUUAAAAUUUAAAUAUAUUUAUUUUCAUAAUACAUGUUACUUUUAUAUCCGUCGGAAAAUUUCCAGGAAUUGCUUUGCUAUAUUUGUCAAGAUUCAUAGAAUGUACACACAUAGUGUUCACCUUCCUGAGAUAAUUAUAUCGCAUAUAUUAAAACAUUGGAAAUGUAAAUAUGAAAAUCUUGAAUUCCUGUAGAUUUGUAUAGAUAUGUGAAACCUUUGUAAAUAAACAGAAAACAUUCUAUAAACAUGCUCA